AAAUAAACAAAGAAAAGCCAAACCAGUUUUGAGUUAUCACACAAGUCCCAAGCAGAUGCAAUACACCAAAUUCAGUAAAAAAUUGAGUUCUUUCAAUCUGUUUCCAUGCAUCCAAUUCUAGAAACCGUUGGUGUAUCCAUCAAUAUCCAGCGUCAGAUGCAUUCUCCUGACAAAUUAUCGGUCCCUUUUGAUUGACCGAAUCAAUCGUUUGAUCAACCAAAUGGAGUCCUCCACCAAGCAUUUCCAGAAGCUCCAAACAAACAAAACCGCAAAACCUCGGAAACAUAAUCGUUACCUCCGAAAGAUCGGGAACGUGUUGCGUUACGCCGAGAUGUGCGUUGUUCUGGUCUUGGUUUCGAGGCUCUCCAUCAACCUACCAUCCACUCUCAGAAACUCGACCGAGUAUUUCCGCAACUUCAUGGGUAGUCCUCGUUUUGUGUUUUUCCUCGGAAACGUCAUAAUCAUAACGUUGUUCGCCCAAUCGGGUCACUUUUCAAAUCAGGCUUCGGAUAAACCAUCCCCAGAACCCGAUCUGUAUCUCGAGUUUCUCCAAAACAGCACCGUCAAACCGAAACUGAUCGUUCACAGCAACACUCGUAAAACAAAGGUUAGCGUCAGAGUGGAAGAUGGUACAAAGGGUCGACAAAUUGAUCCCACCAAAACAGAGACAAGUUUGGAGACGGUGAGUAAGGAUUACAGAAGAUGUCAAUCGGACAUCGUGGAGCGCGUGGUGGAGAAUGAGAAACCCCCGCGCGUGUUGCAGAGGUGUGAGACUGAGAAAGUGAUUCGCAACGUUGAUUCGUACCCAGAAGAUGGGAUGAGCAACGACGACUUUCGUCGGAAGAUCGAGGCUUUCAUUGCUCGGCAACAGAGGCUACGAAAGCAAGAAUAAAAGUGUUAAUUUGGUUAAGAAAAAAGUUUGUAUAUUGGUUCUACUAUUGGGUGAAAAGUGAAAACUAUACAUUAAUAAACAAACUAAAUAUGUGAUGUAUAGGUAACAUGUAAGUAGACCUUAAAGGAAACUGAGUAAAUUACUGUUUUCAUCUUAAAA